AUGAACAAUCAGAAUAAUCAGUACAAAAUGCCGAAUUUAACCAUCAGCCGCACUACUCCUCCCAGUGUAAGUUCUGAAUCGAUCUCGGCAGUUCAAGGAACGUCUACCCAAUUGAGUGAACAAGAAAGGAACAGAAAGGAAAGAAAGAGACGUCUGGAACGACAACGGCGCUUGAGAUUCAACGACCUCAUCAAGGCCAUAUAUGAUCGCGUUUUCGAGAUGUCUGGUGAAAAAUCUCCAAAAACUGAGAUUUGUGGUAUGUUGGAAGACUCUCAAAAAGUGAUGGAAUCCGUAUACAAGAAUAUGAUGGAAGAUCCGGAUUUGAGAGCGAGAAUUCUAACACCUGGUUUACUAACACCUAAAGUUACUAAGACAAACACUCGUGUAGAGAAUGCUGCAGUAUCUCCUAUGAGGGAAGAAAAGAAAGAAGUGGAUGGAAAAGUGGUAGGAGAAGGAGAAGAAGUGGAGAAUGUACCAUCAGGAUUGAGUGAAGUCCCAAUUUCUCCUCUUUCUCACAUUCCAUCUUCUAUCAAAACUACCUCGACACCAGUUGAAUGUCGUGGAAGGAGAAUGGAUAGUACAGACAGUGGUCUUGAGCAGACACUUCCUUCUCUUCCUGGCAAUGAUCCCAACCAAUCCACCUCAUUGCCUCAUGAACCUUCAACGUCCAAAAGAUCCAGAUUGUCUUCUGCUCCUCAGAUUUGGCAACCUUACCUUUAG